AUGUCUAACGUUGAGGAAAAAGAAACAUCAAGCGACCGAGAAGGCAGAAGUAACGCUUGUUAUGACGGUGGUAGCAGUCAUGUGGACGAAGAGUUGAAGAAAGGGCAAUGGUCACCAUCUGAAGAUGAGAUCUUGGUUGAGUAUGUGAAAAAGAAUGGCGAAGGGAAUUGGAAUCAAGUGCAUAGGAAAACUAGUCUAAAGAGAUGUGGAAAGAGUUGUAGGCUGAGAUGGCUAAACCAUUUGAAGCCUAAUCUAAGGAAGGGUGCUUUUUCUGUUGAAGAAAUGAAGCUAAUCCUUGAACUCCACAAUAAGUAUGGUAACAAAUGGGCUCACAUAGCCACUAAGAUCUCAUCUUCUUGGAGUGAUCUUCCUUUCCUUUGGGAAGCCGAUGGUCGGUCGGUGAGUAGCCUCUAUUUACUUGGCUCGACAGAUCCGUUUGGGGUAAGCUCUCGGAUACUGUUCUUCGUCUCAUAUCUCUGUGAUCGUUCUUGUUCCUUGGUGGAUCUUGUGAUGAACGUUACCUGUGUGGUUUUGGGAGAAGAUUGGUGUACUGGCCGAGAGGGUUUAGGGUUCCGAUUUGGGGGUCUUGUGUGGCUUGUCCCUUGUGAGCUUCCGUGA